UGCAGCGAAAGAGUUCGGCAUGAUGUCUCACACCAUUUUGUUAGCAGAGCCUACCAAGAGGCCAGAAGGAAGAACUUAUGCUGACUAUGAAUCUGUAAAUGAAUGCAUGGAAGGUGUUUGUAAAAUGUAUGAAGAACAUCUGAAGAGAAUGAAUCCCAACAGUUCCUCAAUCACAUAUGAUAUCAGUCAGGUGUUUGAUUUUACUGAUGAUCUGGCAGACUUCAGCUGUCUUGUUUACCAAACUGACACCCAGACAUACCAACCUUACAACAAAGAUUGGAUUAAGGAGAUGAUGUACAUGCUUCGUCAUUGGCACGCUCAACAGGCUGGGAAACAGUUGAGUUGGAGGCAUUAAGGGGCUGGGGGUGGGCUUGGAACACAGGUGUGUACAGUGUGUUGUAGCGGGAGUUUUGGAUUAUAGUAGUCCGGUUUCCAUUUUUUUA